AUGUACGCGAGUCUGAGACUAAGUCAGAUCCACCGCGUGCUCUCAGCAGUGCGAAAGUACGUGGCUCGUCAAGAUCUGUGCGACAUCCCAGUGCUGCUCUGUGGCGACUUUAACGACUACAACGACCCCGUCUACAGACUCGUGACGAAGCAUGGGUACGCCAGUCUGUUUGCUGAAAUGCACGGACGAGAAGCGAGGAUCACACACUGCAACCACAACAACAGAGAGGUCGGCGUGGACUUUAUCUUCGGCGCCAGACUAGACAGUGACCAAGCCCAGACGCUCCUCGACCCGCGACUGCAGCUCAAGCCCGUGGACUGUCAUCUGGUGCCUCGUCGACUGCCAGACGUGGUGCGAUUGAAGCGCCCGCAGUUUGGACACGACUGGCGCCACGUACAGUCGCCUGUGCUAUUGACAGACGAAGAAGCACUCGUGGAUUAUUGGCGAAUGGUGUCGGAUCAUCGACCGUUGGUGGCUAAGUUUCAGACCAAGCUGGAGAGCUUCACCUCAAUGGACGAAGCGGCCACUGGUCUUACCCCGUAA